AUGCAUCGCAAAGGUUAUGAUGAAAAAGGGUCAUCGACAAAGGUUACGGCGAUUAAGGAUGCAAUGAGGACAUUACUUAUAGUAGAAACCAAGAAAGAUACUAACUUUUGGAUUACAACUACACAUGACUUAACAUCUGUCCAAGUAAUUUUUGCUCUAAUUGGAGAUAAUGAUAUACACUAUCAAGUACUAAAGUAUAUGCAAUUCACAUUGGGUUCCAUACCAAUAGUUCAUAUAGAGGAUGUAUCUAAUGCCCACAUUUUUUUGAUGGAGCAUCCAAGUGCACAAGGCCGUCAUAUUUGUUCUGUUGAUUCUGCAACUAUCAAGUCUCUCAAAGAUUUGCUUUCCAAACAAUUAAAGACUUCACUUAAGUUGUAUGAGGAGGACUCCAUUAAUAGAUAUGUACCAUUUUCUUCCAAAAAAUUAUUGGAUAUGGGCUUCUCUUACAAAUAUAGUUUGGAGCAUACUUUUGAAGAAGGUAUAGAAUGUUGUAAGAAAAAUAAGAUUCUGAAUUAAUAAUUUAAGGCAUCUCAAUCUAUUUUCCAAAAUAGAUUUACUUAACCACAAACAUUUGUAUCGUAUAC